CUUCAACAAACUCUGUCUAAACGCACUUCCUACUAACCACUUUCAGUUUUACCAGCAUAUGGAAAUGGAAGACCAGGUGGAAAGCCAGAAGAGGAGAGGAAUGAGCAAAGAGGACUUGAUAUCCGAACGCACAGGAUCUUUGGGAGCGUGCGGCUGGAUCAUAGUUAUACUCGCUGGCCUGUUCACAGUUCUGCUCUUCCCCAUAACAAUCUGGUUUUGUCUGAAGAUCGUUCAGGAGUAUGAGCGAGCUGUCAUCUUCCGGCUGGGCCGCAUCACAGACAGGAAGCCUAAAGGACCAGGGAUUUUCUUUGUUUUGCCAUGCACUGACUCCUUUGUGAAAGUGGAUCUGCGAACCAUUUCAUUUGAUAUCCCACCACAAGAGAUCCUGACCAAAGAUUCAGUUACAGUUAGCGUAGAUGGCGUGGUCUACUUCCGCGUCAGUGACCCCAUCGCAUCUGUGGCCAAUGUUACCAAUGCUGACUUUUCCACCCGCCUGCUUGCACAAACCACCCUCAGAAAUGUCCUGGGAACCAAGAACCUGGCUGAAGUCUUGUCUGACCGCGAGGGCAUCGCUCACAGCAUGCAGGUAUAA